AACUUCACUUGCAUAAGUCACAAGACCUCUCAGCUGAGUUUUCGAUCUCCCAUUUUUGUGUUUUCGGAAAAAUAGUUUCCGUAAAUUUUAUUUCUCUUGUGUGUGGGGUUUUCUUCCUACAAUAAAUUAGCCAAAAUGGCUAACAUUCACGAAGAAAAUGUCAGCAAACUUAUCCCAACGCUUGGUGAUGAUAAAAUCGAUAUGAUUGCAGCAACCAGCGUCCUACAAAUUAGAGCAAGUGAGAUUCGCCAAAGCCAAAUUAAUUGGCAGUCGUAUUUGCAGUCGCAGAUGAUCACCCAGCGUGAUCAUGAUUUCAUUGUCAACUUGGAUCAGCGCGGCCAAAAAGAUUUGCCUGACAAGAACCCUGAGGCCUGUGCUGAUGUGUUCCUGAACUUGCUCACUCACAUCAGCAAAGAUAACACCAUCCAGUAUGUGCUUGUACUGAUUGAUGAUAUUUUAUCUGAAGACAAAUCCAGAGUGAAGAUCUUCCGUCAAUCAAGACAUGGCAACGUCUGGCAGCCAUUCCUCAACCUGCUGAACCGUCAAGAUGAGUUUGUCCAGCACAUGACAGCUCGCAUCGUCGCUAAGCUGGCCUGCUGGCAUCCGCAGCUCAUGGAGAAGAGUGACUUGCACUUCUACCUCUCUUGGCUCAAGGACCAGCUUAAGUCCAAUGCGGAGAAAAUGUCUGCCGAGUUAGCGCAUGCUGAGCAGGUUAUGUUGGAGCACGAGAAACAACAUUUCUCCGAUAAACACGUUAAACACCACAAGGACAAAAGCGCGGACAAGGCCGACAGUGAGAAAUAUUCGAGCCUUUACACCUCGUUCGAUGUACUGAAAUCACAUGGGGACUUGCAUCCUGACCUCCACAAGAACAAUGACUACAUCCAGUCGGUGGCCCGUUGCCUGCAAAUGAUGCUGCGCGUCGACGAGUACCGUUUCGCGUUCCUGUCCGUUGACGGUAUCUCCACUCUGCUGUCCAUUCUCGCUUCGAGGGUGAACUUCCAGGUUCAAUACCAGCUAGUGUUCUGCCUGUGGGUGUUGACAUUCAACCCGCUGCUCGCUGAGAAAAUGAACAAAUUCAACGCCAUUCCCAUCUUGGCGGACAUUUUGAGCGACUCGGUCAAGGAGAAGGUCACCCGCAUUGUACUUGCCGUGUUCAGGAAUUUGAUCGAAAAGCCUGAAGACCACCAGGUGGCCAAAGAGCACUGCAUCGCGAUGGUGCAAUGCAAAGUGCUGAAACAGCUGUCGAUCCUCGAACAGAAGCGCUCCGACGAUGAGGACAUAAUGAACGACGUGGACUUCCUCAACGAGCGCCUGCAGGCCUCCGUGCAGGACCUCAGCUCGUUCGAUCAGUACGCCACUGAGGUUAAGAGCGGACGUUUGGAAUGGUCGCCCGUGCACAAGUCGGCGAAGUUCUGGCGCGAGAACGCGGCGCGGCUGAACGAGCGCGGGCAGGAGCUGCUGCGCACGCUCGUGCACCUGCUGGAGAAGAGCGGCGACCCGGUCGUGCUCGCCGUCGCGUGCUACGACGUGGGCGAGUACGUGCGCCACUACCCGCGCGGCAAGCAUAUCAUCGAGCAGCUAGGCGGUAAGCAACGCGUGAUGUACCUCCUCAGCCACGACGACCCCAAUGUGCGCUACGAGGCCCUGCUUGCCGUUCAGAAACUUAUGGUUCACAACUGGGAAUACCUCGGCAAGCAACUGGAAAAGGAACAAAUUGACAAGCAGACUGGAUCUGCAGUUGGAGCUAAAGCCUAAGCCCACCAAAGUAUUUAAUACCGUUAUUGUUAUCGUCUAGAAAUCUUGGUCGAAAGUUUAGCCAUUGUUAUGAUACAAGUAUUAUUAUUACACUGUAAAUAAAACACGUGCAAAAAGAUCAAGUUCAUUCAGUUGUGCUAUUUAGAAAUUAAUAUUUUCGAAUUCGUGUAAAUACAGAAAAAUAUUGUUUGUUGUUAAAAUAAAAACUAUUAUAUUUUACUGAUCAAGUAUUUAUGAAUGCCUUUAUAAUAGAAUUUUAUUUAUCACCGCUGUAUUAUUACAUUCCUAUACGAGUUUUAUUAUUGUUAUUGAAAUUGAGAAUCAAAUGCUUAUUACAUAUGGUGUAUUAUUUAAAUUGAAACUUGUAGACGUUUUAGCCAUUUGUGCAUAUGUAACAGAGCGCCGUUAAUAAAAGUAUGGAAAUAUA